GCCCCUGAAAUUGAAUGCUUCGGCGUCCACAUUCUUGGGCCCACGAGGUCGGGAUUGAACCGCUUAAACGUAUAGUUUAUUCCCUUCACAUUUGUUUUUUCUUCUCACUGUUGUUGGUAAUGAAUGGCGGUUGGUCUUCAAAGCCUCCGUUUUUGCAAGUUUUAUGCGCUCGUUUCGGUGUGACGAUGGAAAGCAAGGUGACCCUAUUCUCCAAGUUGUUGCAAACUUGCAUAGACAAGAAAGUCCACUUAGCGGGUAAAGUUAUUCAUGCUCAGGUAAUCGUUAAUGGUUUAUUCUCGGACAUUUUUUUAUCCAACAGGCUAAUUGAGUUUUAUGCGAAGUGUGGUAAGUUAGAUUUCGCGCGUCACGUGUUUGAAAAAAUGCCUGGAAAGAAUAUUUAUUCAUGGAACGCUAUUGUUAGUUCGUUUUGCAAAGCUGGUGAAUUACAAGAAGCAGAACAUUUGUUCCUUGAAAUGCCCGAGAGGAAUACUGUCUCGUGGAAUACAAUUAUCAGUACAUUAGUCAGGAAUAAGCUGGAAGAAAAGGCAUUGCAUUUAUAUUAUAUGAUGAAUAAAGAAGGAUUCAGGCCUACCCAGUUUACUUUUGCGAGUGUUCUCAGUGCCUGCGGUGGCUUGAUGGAAUUAGAACAUGGCAUGAGCUGUCAUGCCCUUUCUAUUAAAGUUGGUCUAGAUAGUAACAUGUAUGUGGAAAAUGCUUUGGUAGGUAUGUAUGCAAAGUGUGGGAUUAUGGAGGAUGCAAUUGAAGCAUUUGGUGAAAUGUCUCAACCAAAUGAAGUUGCAUUCACAGCAAUUAUGGGUGGAUUGUUGCAAGCAAACCGCAUUGAAGAGGCUCUGAGAAUGUUCACAAAGAUGCAUCAAAUUGGAAUUCAAAUCGACUCUGUCUCCAUAUCAAGUAUUCUCAGUGUUUGUGCCAGAGGAGGGAGUGGAGAACCAAAUGGUCCUAGUCCAAGAUAUGGGAUUCAGUGUAACAUCCAUGGCCUACAAGUACAUGGCUUCAUAAUUAAAUUCGGUUUUGAAAUGGAUCUUCAUGUGAAUAAUUCAUUACUUGACAUGUAUGCAAAGAGUGGGAGUAUGGAUGUUGCUGAGAUAAUUUUUGCAAAUAUGCCUGAUGUUAAUGUUGUUUCUUGGAAUAUUUUGAUAGCUGGUUAUGGUCAGCAGGGCACAAGUGAAAGAGCCAUAGAUUUGCUGCAAAUGAUGCAACAGCAUGGUUUUGAACCAGAUGAAGUCACAUAUUUGAGUAUGCUAGGAGCCUGCGUCAAGUCUGGGGAUAUGGAAACUGGCAUUCAGAUGUUUGACCAGAUUGCAUGCCCAAGCGUAAGUUCAUGGAAUGCCCUAUUGUCUGGGUACUCCCAAAUUGGGAAUCACACGGAAGCAGUAGAAUUCUUCAAGAAGAUGCAGUUUGUGAAUGUCCAUCCUGAUCAUACUACUUUGGCUGUUAUUCUCAACUCAUGUGCAGGAAUUGGUUUUUUAAAUGGUGGAAAACAGGUCCAUGCAGUGUCAAUAAAGUCUGUUCUUGAUGCUGACAUGUUUGUUGCCAGUGCACUAAUUGACAUGUACUCUAAGUGUGGAAACAUUGACAUGGCUAGGCACGUUUUUGACAGGAUGCAUGAGAGAGAUGACGUCUGUUGGAAUUCAAUGAUUGCAGGUUUUGCACUCCAUUCUCUAAAUCGGGAAGCUUGUAUCUUAUUUAAAGAAAUGCAAGAGAAUGGUGUGAGCCCUACUCAAUUCUCUUAUGCUACUAUUCUGAGUUCAUGUGCUAGACUAGCUUCUUUGUCUCAUGGGAGACAAUUACAUGCUCAGAUAAUAAAAGAUGGAUAUAUAAAUGAUGUUUUUGUUGGGAGUGCUCUGAUUGAUAUGUAUUCAAGAUGUGGCGAUGUAAGUUUGGCUCGCCAGUUUUUUGAUGAGAUGCCCAAUAAGAAUAUCGUUUCUUGGAAUGAGAUGAUACAUGGGUAUGCACAAAAUGGAUGUGGGAAUGAGGCUGUUGACCUCUUUGACAAUAUGAUCCAAUCAGGUGGAAAACCUGAUGGCAUAACUUUCAUUUCUGUUCUUACUGCUUGCAGCCAUACUGAUUUGGCUGAUGUAGCCCUCAGGAUCUUCAAUUCCAUGGAGCAAGAACAUGGGGUAAAACCAUUGGCAGACCAUUACACAUGCAUUAUAGACUCUCUUGGUCGAGCUGGUCGGUUCAAUGAAGCAGAAAUUCUUAUAAAUAAGAUGCCUUAUAUAGAUGAUCCAAUUGUCUGGGAAGUUUUGCUUAGUUCAUGCAGAGUUCAUGCUAAUAUCAACCUUGGGAAACUAGCAGCAGAGCAGCUAUUCCGCAUUGACCCACAGAAUCCAGCCCCCUAUGUGCUUCUGUCCAACAUUUAUGCAUCUUUAGGAAGAUGGGAUGAUGCAUCAGCUGUACGGGAAAAGAUGAGUGGUCAACAGGUCUCAAAGUAUCCAGGCUAUAGUUGGAUUGAAUUUAAGAAUGGGGUGCAAGCCUUUAUGGCUGAUGAUGAUCUUAGGAUGGUAGGUGUAGGUAAAGAAGUAAAUCAGGGAAACAUCCUUUCUUUUAGAGGUGGUGCUAAAUGUUUCAGGAGGCGAUUGAUCAAGAGGGUAUCUACUUAAUCAAGAAAGGGAAGAGAGGAUCGGAAAGCAUGAAGAUAAGAUGAGGGAGAUAGCUAGGUAUGCGAUUAAGAAGAACCGGCAUGCAGAGGCAAAGAGUAUUAGGCUCAAAAAAGAAGUAAAGAAAGGAGAGGUCAAAGAAGAAUAUCUCAAAGAGAAAAGCUCCAAGAGGCACAUAACAAGCAGCAAGAUACAAGGAGAACCCUUAUAGAGACCAGAGUUCAAAACACCGCCCUAGAAAGGUAGUUGCAAUAGGUUCAAGCACGCCACAUAGGUUCACGAAGAAUAUGAGGGAUACAAGGAGCACAUUCCCACGUAUGCAACAACAACUGCCUUCCUAGUGAACAUGGAUUAGUGGGUUGCUCAACUAGAGGCCCUACUUAGGGUGGCUGGAGUGGAGCUUCCACUUCCUCUCCCUCUAGCUUUGAUAUUUGUUCUAAGUUUAAGCCUAUAUUGUAUCAUGAUCAUUUCCUUUUUUGAACAUGAAAUUAAUUUUUAUUAUUGGUAUAGAUUUUUAUUUUGGAUAGGAUAUAACAUGAUCAUUGUACAAGUAACUUUCAGAUAUAAUGAGAACUA